AUGACUGCGCCGGGCAAAGGGUCGCGAUGGGGAGCGUUCCUCUCUUCGGCCUUCGAAGGCGUCGAGAAUCGUCUCGACAACUUACUUGACGAAGACCAACAGGCAGCACAAGGAUAUGAGCAGCAGCAGGGAAUGAAGGCGGCGCCCGCGCCCGCGCCCUCGCCAUCACCAAGCCCCAAACCGACUGCAUCUGCUGUCGCCCCGAAGCCUAACCGUGCCAAUGAUCGUCUACAAGCCAGGUUGGCCAAGGCUAUGGCCUCGCGAACCUCACAAUCUUCUCCUCGCAGCUCCAUCGAUACUUCCCGUAGUUCGGUUGACAAGGAGCGCCCUGCUAGCACUGAGCCCGUAGUGAUGAGACAAAGCAUCGAAGUGUCGGAAAUCAAGCCAACUGAACCUGCCAACCAAGUGGACAAGCCAACAUCUUCUGACAGCCCAGCUUCCCGAUCCUCAGCUGAACAACCAGCGACAUCUGAGGGAAGCGAUAGCAGGGAGAUUAGUGAACAAAACUUCAAGCAUGAUUUCCCUACCCCGAUUAUCGUUGAGCCGCCUUCUGAGGCCGAACCUCGAAGUGCACCAGAACAAGUUACGGACGAAUCCGGCAUCCCGCAAAAAUCGAAUAGUCCAAUACCAGAUACCAGGCAUCCUGUAGAGGCACCACAGAUCCUAGAUGCUCCAGUUGAAGAGUCACAGAAAGACCAGGACGCCACUCAAGCUCACGCGCCUCGUUCAGAGGAGAUUCAAGACUACAUUGAGCAAAUCGACUCACUACAAGCUAAACUGCAGUUCCUAUCUAAAAAUGCCGCGGAUGCAGCUAGGCAGACUGCAGGUUCUGCUGAAGCGGGUAGUGUAGACCGCAAAUUGGCCGAAAAGGAUGAGAAGAUCGCGCUGCUAAUGGAGGAAGGACGAAAGCUUUCAACUUCAGAGCAAAAGUUCCGAGCAACGGUUCGCAAGCUGCGCACCCAGAUUAUAGACAACGAGAAACAGGCCAAUGAACUCAAAAAAGGUAAAGAAAAAGCUCUAGCCGAGGUGGAAUCCUUACGUAGUCGAAUCAACAACAAGGAAGAGCAAGAGAAGAGAAAUGAGGAAGUGCGAAAAGCGAGCGCUACGCUUCAGAAGGAAAUCGACGCCCUGAAGAAAGACAAAGCUGUCAUGGAGGAGGCCUAUCGACGUCUGGAGCAAGAAUCUAAAGCCAAGGCUGAGCAAAUACAAGCCGCCCACGCUGAGGCAUUGAAAAAGGCGCUAGAUGUUGAGAAGAACAAACAGCAGGAACUUGACCGUUCUAUCGCAUCACUACGGUCAGAAAAGGAGGCAUUGAUUGAGAAAUUGCGCCUGACUGAGGUUGAGUGGCAAGAGAAGUUAGACCGAGCAUUAGAACGUGGUCGGAAUAUUGAAGAAGAGCUGAAACUUGAGCUGAGAGCGACUGAGGGCAAACUCGAGGCAAUGAGGGCGACGGCCGAGGAGGCCUCUGCAGGAUCUGGUGGUGACAUCAAGUUGAUACGACAUAUCGAAACCCUCCAAUCGCAGUAUGCAUCGGCCAGCGAGAACUGGCAAGGUAUAGAGACCUCACUCCUGACCAAGGCUGCCAGCCUUGAAAAGGAGAGGGACGAGGCACAACGGCGAGAGUCAGAAAUGCGGAAGAAAGCUCGUGAUGCGGCAACUCGUUAUAAGCGACUCGAGGAUGAGCUUCAGGACGUCAGUCCAGCUCUCACAGUCGCUCGGCAAGAACUCGAGACAUGUCGUGAAGAGCUUGCUGCCCUCAGAGUCCAACACAAGAGCGUGGAGACGGCCCUUGAACAGGCACGCAACGAGCUCGAGAAGCAACAGCGAGCGGCGAGCAGGGAGGUUUCGGCCGAGGCCGAACGAAGGCAAUGGGCAGACGAUAUUGCUAUAAGCACACCCCGGUCUCAGAGCCGACCCGAUUCCCCAUUGCUCUCUGUUGCCCGGACCUUUAGCUCGGACUUCAUCGGGCUUCCUGUACCAGCAAGACAGCCUCGUCGAGUACCCACACCGGGAAGCCAAACCGAAAGCGCCGGCGAUGGCUUCUUCUUUGGACGAAGAAUGUCCAGUCAACCUCCUCGCCCUAGUGCUUUGUCCACGGCCGGUCAUGCGAUACCUCCUCCACCCCCUUUCUCGCCCUUUGAACCACCUACUGAGUCACCACGCGCCGUAUCACCGCCACUAGAUCGUGAUGAUGGUCUAGAUGACGGUGACCCUUCGUCUCCCCGCAACGUUGCGCAAGACAUGAUUUCGGUAUCAACAGUCGGGGCUGGUCCUUCCGUUCAACUCGUCGAGAGAAUGAGCGCGGCAAUUCGACGACUGGAAGCCGAGAAGGUGGCUGCCAAAGAAGAGAUGGCUCGUGUAUGCAGCCAGCGAGACGAGGCGCGAUCUGAUAUUGUGAACCUGAUGACAGAGCUGGAAACACAAAAAGUUGCUUCAGCGCGGGUAACAGAGUUAGAAGCGGAAGUAGAGAACAUCAACUCGCGAUACCAGACAACAUUAGAGAUGUUGGGUGAGAAGAGCGAGCUCGUUGAGGAGCUCAAGGCUGACGUUCAGGACGUCAAGGACAUGUAUCGCGAGUUGGUGGAACGGACCGUGAUGAAGUAA